AUGUGCUUCUUCGUGAACAACCACUUCAGAACACUGGUAGAUGGCGACAUUUCUGGCAGUCAGGACCCGGAGCAAGCUGUGAAGCCGAAUCUGACCCAAGCGCGCGGUAUGCUGGCAGUGCUGAGCAGCUGGCAUACUCCAGUGUACUUCACGCGGUUGUGGACUAUCUAUGAGCAGACCGCCGCCUUUAGCAUGGGUGUCCCUGUGACGUUUGUCAUGACGCCGUCUGCGACGGACUCCUUUCAACGGUACGUCCUCACUGACCGGUCCGCUUGGGAGGACGUCCAGGCAUGCGUGGGCAAGAUCGACAGUGCAGGUGCCAGGGCAAACGACCCGGAAGAGGAGAAGCGAUUAAGAUCUGCACUCCAGGAGCAGGGUGGAUUCGAUUCUGUCAACGCGCAGUUGUCGAACGCUUUCCUGGCCUGGCUGGAGAAGACAGGGCAAGAAAUGCUGCUGCGCGAGAAUGCCACGGAGCUAGUUCUUCCGGACGACAUUUGCAUCACCGUGCAUGACGAUUUCGUGUCUGUCUGA